AUGUCUGCCUCCAUCCCAUCUACAUUCAAAGGUUUCGCCGUGUCCUCGGCCGACAAAUGGAACCAGCCCAAGUUGGUCUCCUUCGAGCCUAAGAAGGUGUCCCCCAAAGACGUCGUGAUCAAGAACAUCUGCUGUGGUCUUUGUGGCACUGACGUGCACACGGUCAGAGAGAGCUGGGGCCCCUUGAACAGAAAGGACGCCGUGGUGGGUCACGAGAUCAUCGGUAACGUGAUUGCCGUGGGUGACGAAGUCAAGAGCAUCAAGGUGGGCGACAGAAUCGGAAUCGGCGCCGCCUCCAACGCCUGUGGCGAGUGCUCCAGAUGCCAGUCCAACAACGAGCAGUACUGUACGCAGGGUGUCGGCACUUACAACGCCGUUGACACGUUGGCCGACAACUACGUGACGCAAGGUGGCUACUCGUCACACUCCAUUGCCAACGAGAAGUUCUGUUUCCCCAUCCCAGAAAACAUGUCGUCGGUGGUUGCUGCGCCAUUGAUGUGUGCCGGUUUGACCGUGUACUCGCCCUUGGUGAGAAACAUCUCCAACAUCGAGAAGCCCGUGGUGGCCAUCAUUGGUAUUGGUGGCUUGGGCCACUUGGCGCUCCAGUUCGCCAAGGCCUUGGGUGCCGAGGUUUACGCCUUCUCCAGAGGCUCAUCCAAGAAGAAGGAGGCGCUUUCUUUCGGUGCCGACGGCUUCAUUGCCACGCAGGAGGAAGAGGACUGGGAAAAGAAGUACCACAACAAGUUCCACUUGAUCUUGAACUGUGCCUCCGGAGUGGACGACUUCUCCUUGGACAAGUACUUGCUGACCAUGGUGGUGGACGGCAGAUUCGUCAGUGUGGGCUUGCCGCCAGCCGGCGACACUUUGUCUGUGCACCCAUUCACGUUUGUGCGUAACGCCACGUCCUUCGGUGCGUCUCUUUUGGGCUCCAAGGUCGAGGCCGAGGAGAUGUUGAAGUUGGCUGCCGAGAAGGGCAUUGCGCCAAUGAUCGAGGAGGUGCCAAUCAACGAGAAGAGCUGCGGCGAGGCAUUGACCAGAUGUGAGGAGGGUGACGUGAGAUACAGAUUCGUGUUCACCAACUUCGACGAGGCCUUUGCUUAA